GUCUUCCGUCUCCUCGACCUAAGGGUCGAUUAUUUUGGAUCUAGGAUCAACCUUCUCAGCUGGUCUUCUUUAUACCAUCGAAAUACAUCAAUUGCGUUGAGGACAUCCUUGACCUACUCUAACUAACAUGGCGUUUAUGCCUUUCGACCACUUUGACGCCUUUCCAGAUGGAUUGGUAACACCGCUCGACGCUCUCGGAGCAAACUAUUUCGACGAACUUAUCCCAGUCAUAACCGACCAAGGGACCCUCUACGUUAACUUCCUUGCAAUACAACAUUGCCUGCCCAGGAUUGCACGCAAAGUCGAGUAUCGGGGUGAAGUCGACGCAAGAGCGGUCGCUGGUGAAGUCUCCCGCAAGAGCAGGGGUAUGAUUCCCCACCAACUUUCCAUGCUUGCCGUUCGAAGAGUCUUCUUUUUACUUGAACGCUAUGACACGGCUUUUGAAAGCUUCAAGGCCGGAUUGAUCAAGGAGCUGUUUGACUGCAUGAUGAGGGACAUCGAGCAGCCAGUCCGUGACGGCGGUUUGACGCAUUGUCGUCGGCGAUUCACAGCUUUUAGUCUGCUGGCUGGUUACGCCAAAUCGCAGCAUAUUGCCGCUGCACUGGUCAAUUUCUUCUGCACCAACAAUAUUCACGUCAUGAGACACGAGCGUACCCACAACCUCGGAGAUUGGGUCAUAGCCAUCGAAUCGCUUCGCCAUCUCGUUCACCAUAGCGAUAUUUCCAUGUGCGUACAACAUCUUUACGCCAAAAGAGAGAAGGUCAUGUACCAUGUCUCACAAUGUCACAAUCCUGGGAGACACAGGAUCCUCCGACUCUUAGAUGACAUAUUCAACCAGUCAUCCGACUAUGGCAUGUACGAUGACUUCCGGGGCCGAACCCCGAAUCGUCGAAUGUGGAAGCACGGGCUCCCAAGAUUUAACAGUGCACCUCAUUAUCUCACCUCCUCUCAUUAUUCCGGACAGGAACUUCUUCUGGCGCCAUCCGUGUACGACCCAAUGGAAUUACCCCUUACUUCUCCCCACAUGGGAAUGCCUGUUAUGGAGGGCGACAUCAUCGACGACCUCGUUGCACGACAAGGUAUGUUGGAGGACGAGGUAACAAGAAUACAGCUCCAGAUGCACUACGGAAUGCCUAUGUAAUCCGCACAUUCUUUGCAGUACUGCUUUUUUUCGUUUUAGUCUGCAGGUUAUCUAUGGUUUUAUCAUGCUUUAGCGAUUUCGAAAGUUUUGCAUCGGGGGGGAUUUACUAUACACGUUCAAUGAUCUAUUGAUAGGAGGCCGUUGGGUUUCGAAAUUUGUCUAUGUAGAUUAUUUGGGUGUGUGGUGGAGUGCAGUGGAAUGGAGGGGAGGGGAGCAGGGUUGUGAGUGGUGUUUAUAAGGGAUAUCGCUUUACUCUGGAAAGAUCUUGAAGGGAGGUGAUUUUCAUAUGGGUAAUAGUAGGCAAGUCAGGUGUUCUUGGAAUCCAUAGUCAUGACUACGACG